CACUGAAUCACUCCCCCUUCCCCCCCGACACUCACUCUCCUCACUCUUAAAAAUCCCAAAAUCAAAAUAAAAAAUUGAAAAUGAAGAGAGACAGACACACACACAGCACAACCGAAACCCCAAAUUCUCGUUAUCUCCCUCAUCCUCCGAAUUCCGAACGGAGAUCUAAUCUACGUGUUCUUGUAAAAAUAUCGAGAGUGUCUGAUUGAUCUCAAUUGUAAGCGAAGUGAACUGGGUCGAGCUCAAUUUUGUCUGUAGUGCUUCUUUGGUGUGUGUAUGUAUUUGAUUCAGUGGAGAUGAAUUGAAGGGGGUGUUGUUUGCAUACCUCCAGCAUAUGCAUUAAUCGUUUAAGGAGGCCAAAGGAGAACACUGAAGUGGUGUCUUCGUGCAAAUGUCAAAGUCUCCCUCUCCUGAACCGAGGGAGCCCAUAUCCUCGUCUACUUCACAGCCUAGGGAUUCAAAUGGAACAAUAGAUAUGGAUGAUCCGGAGAAAGCAAUGGCAACAGUUGCUCGUUUUGUUGAGCAGCUACAUGCUAGCAUGUCUUCACCGCAAGAAAAGGAACUUAUUACAGCACGUUUGCUUGGUAUUGCCAAAGCUAGAAAGGAAGCACGGACUCUUAUCGGUUCACAUGCUCAAGCAAUGCCAUUGUUCAUAUCAAUUCUUAGGAGUGGCACUCAUGUGGCAAAAGGAAACGUUGCUGCAACACUGAGUGUCCUUUGCAAGGAUGAUGAUUUGCGGUUGAAGGUACUUCUAGGUGGAUGCAUACCGCCAUUACUUUCACUUUUGAAGUCAGAGUCAACUGAAGCAAGGAAAGCAGCCGCAGAAGCAAUAUAUGAAGUUUCAUCAGGUGGACUUUCAGACGAUCAUGUGGGUAUGAAAAUAUUUGUUACAGAAAGUGUAGUGCCAACCUUAUGGGAGCAGCUGAAUGCAAAAAACAGGAAGGACAAAGUGGUAGAACGUUUUGUUACCGGGGCUCUGAGAAAUCUUUGCAGCGACAAAGAUGGGUAUUGGAGAGCAACACUUGAGGCCGGAGGAGUAGAUAUUAUUGUGGGGCUUCUUUCUUCAGACAAUGUUGCCUCUCAAUCCAAUGCAGCUUCUUUACUAGCCCGUCUGAUGUUGGCAUUCAGUGAUAGCAUCCCCAAAGCAAUAGAUUCCGGAGCCGUCAAAACUUUGCUUCAACUUGUGCGUCAGGAAAACGAUAUUUCUGUCCGUGCCAGUGCUGCGGAUGCUUUGGAGGCUCUUUCGUCAGGGUCAACCAAGGCUAAGAAAGCUGUUGUUGAUGCAGAUGGUGUGCCUGUUCUCAUUGGAGCUGUAGUUGCUCCUUCUAAAGAGUGUAUGCAAGGGAAGGGUGGUCAGUCCCUUCAGGGGCAUGCAACGCGAGCUUUAGCUAAUAUAUGUGGUGGAAUGUCUUCUCUAAUACUAUAUCUUGGAGAAAUUUCACAGUCCCCGCGCUUAGCUGCUCCUGUUGCUGACAUAAUUGGAGCACUAGCCUACUCUCUGAUGGUCUUUGAGCAAAAAUGUGGUGUUGAAGAAGAAACAUUUAAUGCAACACAGAUAGAGGACAUUCUAGUAAUGCUACUAAAGCCCUGCGACAAUAAGCUGGUCCAGGAGCGUGUCCUUGAGGCCAUGGCCAGCCUUUAUGGCAACACAUAUCUCUCAAGAUGGCUCAACCAAGCAGAAGCAAAGAAGGUGCUUAUUGGACUUACAACAAUGGCUGCUGCUGAUGUGCAACAGGACCUGAUACUCUCUGUAAUAAGCUUAUGCUGUGAUAGGGUGGGUAUCUGGGAGGCCAUUGGAAGGAGAGAAGGAAUUCAGUUACUGAUAUCAUUGCUAGGCUUAUCCAGUGAACAGCAUCAGGAGUAUGCUGUUGAGUUGUUGGCAAUCCUGACUGACCAAGUUGAGGACAGUAAGUGGGCAAUCACAGCAGCUGGGGGGAUUCCUCCACUGGUACAAUUAUUAGAGAUGGGAUCCCAGAAGGCAAGGGAGAACGCAGCACAUCUUCUGUGGAAUUUGUGCUGUCACAGUGAGGAUAUUCGUGCCUGUGUUGAAAGUGCUGGAGCUGUUCCGGCAUUCUUAUGGCUUCUAAAUAGUGGUGGACCAAAGGGUCAGGAAGCCUCAGCUAAAGCACUAACAAAGCUUAUUCAAAGAGCUGAUCCUGCUGCCAUUAAUCAGUUGCUAGCUUUGCUCCUGGGAGAUUCUCCAUGCUCAAAGGCCCACGUAAUUAAAGUUUUGGGUCAUGUACUCACUAUGGCAUCACAAAGUGAUCUUGUGCAGAACGGAGCUGCAGCUAAUAAAGGACUGAGGUCACUUGUCCGGGUUCUCAAUUCCUCUAAUGAAGAAACCCAAGAGCAUGCAGCUUCUGUCCUAGCUGAUCUAUUCAGCACCAGACAAGAUAUUUGCGACAGUUUUGCAACUGACGAAGUCUUGAAUCCAUGCACGAAGCUUUUGACCAGCAACACUGAAGUUAUUGCGGCACAGUCAGCUCGAGCCUUGGGUGCUUUGUCCCGUCCAACCAAGACAAAAUCUAGCAACAAAAUGUCAUACAUUGCAGAAGGAGAUGUCAAGCCUCUGGUCAAAUUGGCAAAAACUUCUUCCAUUGAUGCUGCCGAGACUGCAGUGGCAGCAUUGGCCAAUCUUCUGUCUGAUCCCCAGAUUGCUGCAGAAGCACUGGCAGAAGAUGUUGUUUCUGCUUUGACUAGAGUAAUGGGGGGAGGAACUUCAGAAGGUAAGAAGAAUGCGUCACGUGCCCUUCACCAAUUACUGAAGCAUUUUCCAGUAGGUGAUGUUCUCAAGGGUAAUGCUCAGUGCCGAUUUGCUGUUCUUUCUGUUGUGGAUUCCUUAAAUGCGAUGGAUAUGGAUGGGACUGACGCUACUGAUGCCUUAGAAGUAGUUGCCCUACUGACAAGGACAAAACGAAGUGUGAACUUCACUUACUCUCCAUCGUCUGCCCUUGCUGAAGUUCCCUCAAGUUUGGUGAGUCUUGUACGCUGCCUGGCCGAGGGGCCACCUUUGGUGGAAGAUAAGGCUAUAGAAAUUCUGUCUAGGCUUUGUGGGGAUCAAUCAGUUACAUUAGGUGACCUGUUGGUUUCAAUAUCAGGAUCCAUUGGUGGACUGGCCAAUAGAAUAAUGAACUCCACCAGUUUAGAGGUUAGAGUUGGAGGAGCUGCAUUGCUCAUCUGUGCUGCUAAAGAACACAAAAUUCAGUCAAUGGAUGCACUAGAAGGUUCAGGAUAUUUAGAACCCCUGAUAUAUGCAGUACUAGAUAUGAUGAAGCGAAAUUCAAGUAGUUUCUCUUCAGAAAUUGAAGCCAGAACUCCUAGAGGUUUUGUCGAAAGAACUGCUUUUCAGGAAGGAGAUGCCUUCGAGGUUCCUGAUCCAGCCACUGUCUUGGGAGGUACUGUUGCUUUGUGGUUGCUAUCAAUAAUUUCUUCAUUUCAUGCGAAGAACAAACUUGCUGUAGCAGAAGCUGGGGCACUUGAUGCCCUUUCUGACAAGCUUGCAAAUUAUACUUCGAAUCCACAGGCGGCAUUUGAGGAUACUGAAGGCAUAUGGAUUAGUGCCUUACUCCUGGCUAUAUUAUUUCAAGAUGCAAAUGUUGUUGCCUCUCCUGCAACGAUGCGCAUCAUACCCUCGCUUGCCCUUUUGCUGAGGUCUGAAGAAAUAAUUGACAGGUUUUUUGCUGCCCAAGCAAUGGCUAGUCUUGUUUCAAAUGGAAGCAAGGGAAUAAAUCUUGCAAUUGCAAAUUCGGGUGCAGUUGCUGGGUUAAUAACCCUAAUUGGUUACAUAGAAUCAGAUAUGCCAAACCUUGCUGCUCUAUCUGAAGAAUUUUCUCUUGUAAGGAAUCCUGAACAAGUAGUUCUGGAACUCCUUUUUGAAAUUGAAGAUGUGAGAGGUGGUUCCACUGCACGCAAAACUAUCCCUUUAUUAGUGGAUCUUUUGAGACCAAUGCCAGAUAGACCAGGUGCCCCUCAAAUUGCUGUUCACCUCUUGACUCAUAUUGCAGAUGGUAGUGAUACAAACAAACUAAUUAUGGCUGAAGCUGGAGCUCUGGAUGCUUUAACAAAGUACCUAUCGUUGAGCCCUCAAGACUCAACUGAGGCAACUAUAGCUGAACUGUUGAGAAUAUUAUUUAGCAAUCCUGAUAUUCUUUGUUAUGAAGCAUCUAUUAGUUCCUUGAAUCAGCUCAUAGCUGUUCUGCGUUUGGGGUCGAGAAGUUCAAGACUGAGUGCUGCUAGGGCUCUUCAUGAACUUUUUGAGGCUGAGAGCAUUAGAGAUUCUGAAUUAGCCAAGCAAGCAGUUCAGCCCUUGGUUGACAUGCUUGAAGCUGCAUCAGAAACUGAGCAAUGUGCUGCACUUAUCGGCUUGAUUAAGUUGACUUCGGAAAAUCCUUCGAAAGCUGUUCUGAUGACUGAUGUGGAAGGGAAUCCCCUCGAGAGCCUAUAUAAAAUUUUGUCUUCCACUUCUUCCUUGGAACUGAAGACAAAUGCUGCACAGCUCUGUUUUGUUCUUUUUGGUAAUCCAAAACUCAGAGAAAUGCCAAUUGCCUCUGAAUGCAUCGUGCCUCUUAUAUCACUGAUUCAAUCUGAUAUGGGUAUGGCAGUGGAAUCUGGUGUUUGCGCUUUUGAGAAAUUAUUGGAUCAUGAACAGCAAGUGGAGUUUGCAGCAGCUAAUGAUGUUGUCAAUCUUCUUGUCAGUUUGGUUUCUGGAUCAAAUAAUCGGCUUAUUGAGGCUAGCGUCUGUGCUCUCAUUAAGUUGGGGAAAGACCGGACAACCUGCAAGUUAGAUAUGGUCAAAGCUGGCAUUAUCGAUAACUGUCUUGAGCUACUUCCAACAGCACCCAGUGCAUUGUGCUCCUCGAUUGCUGAACUUUUCCGCAUCUUGACAAAUAGUAGUGCAAUUUCUAAAAGCUCAGCUGCUGCAAAAAUUGUCGAACCUCUUUUUUUGGUUUUGCUUCGUCCAGAUAUUAGUCUCUGGGGCCAGCACAGUGCAUUGCAAACACUAGUCAAUAUUUUGGAGAAACCACAGAGCCUUGCAACUUUAAAACUUACUCCUAGCCAGGUCAUUGAGCCUCUGAUUUCGUUUCUGGAAUCACCAUCUCAAGCUAUCCAGCAACUUGGCUCAGAAUUGCUGAGUCAUCUUCUUGCACAAGAGCACUUUAAGGAAGAUAUAACAACAAAAAAUGCAGUUGUGCCCCUUGUGCAACUUGCGGGAAUCGGAAUAUUGAACUUGCAGCAAACAGCAAUUAAGGCGUUGGAUAAUCUCUCUUUAAGCUGGCCGAAGGCAGUUGCUGAUGCCGGGGGUAUAUUUGAGAUUUCAAAGGUUAUUGUUCAAGAUGACCCCCAACCACCCCAUGCUUUGUGGGAAUCGGCUGCACUGGUUCUGUCCAAUGUUCUAAAUUCAAAUGCUGACUACUAUUUUAAAGUACCACUGAUUGUUCUUGUGAAGAUGUUGCAUUCAACAGUAGAUAGUACUAUAACAAUAGCUCUUAACGCAUUGAUUGUUCAAGAAUCAACUAUUGCUUCGAGUGCUGAAAUGAUGACUGAAGCAGGUGCAAUAGAUGCUCUGUUAGACUUAUUAAGAUCUCACCAGUGUGAAGAAGCGUCUGGAAGACUACUCGAAGCUUUAUUCAACCAUACGAGGGUACGAGAAAUGAAGGUUUCCAAGUAUGCAAUAGCACCUUUAGCACAAUAUCUCUUAGACCCACAAACUAGAUCAGAGUCCGGCAAACUUCUUGCAGCUCUUGCUCUUGGUGACCUCUCCCAGCAUGAAGGACUUGCUAGAGCCAGUGAUUCUGCCUCUGCAUGUCGUGCAUUGAUAAGUUUGCUUGAAGAUCAGCCAACGGAGGAAAUGAAAAUGGUGGCCAUUUGUGCAUUGCAAAACUUCGUCAUGCACAGUAGAACUAAUAGGCGAGCUGUUGCUGAAGCAGGGGGCAUAUUGGUACUUCAGGAACUGAUUCUUUCUCCUAAUUCAGAGGUUGCUGGGCAGGCAGCAUCGCUCAUCAAAUUUUUGUUUUCAAAUCACACACUUCAAGAAUAUGUAUCAAAUGAUCUUAUCGGAGCUUUGACAGGGGCACUAGAGAGAGAAUUGUCUUCCAUCACAACCAUCAAUGAAGAAGUCUUGAAAACCAUACAUGUCAUAUUCACCAACUUUCAUAAGCUCCACAUUUCUGAGGCGGCUACUCUGUGCAUUCCCCAUUUGGUAGCAGCACUAAAGUCUGGGAGCGAAGCCGCUCAGGAUUCUGCAUUGGACACCUUAUGCUUGUUAAAACAAUCAUGGUCAACCAUGCCUAUAGAUAUCUCAAAGUCUCAAUCCAUCAUUGCAUCCGAAGCAAUUCCCACUCUUCAAUUGCUAAUUAGAACCUGCCCGCCGAUUUUCCAUGAGAGAGCAGAUAGCCUGUUGCAUUGCUUACCAGGUUGUUUGACUGUUACCAUUAAACGCGGAAACAACCUAAGGCACCUCAUGGGAGGUACAAAUGCCUUCUGUCAAUUGACGAUAGGCAAUGGGCCUCCACGGCAAACCAAGGUAGUGAGCAACAGUACAUCUCCAGAGUGGAGAGAAGGAUUUACAUGGGAAUUUGAUGUACCACCAAAGGGACAAAAGUUACACAUACUUUGCAAAAGCAAAAGUACUUUCGGAAAGAAAAGUCUCGGUAGGGUGACGAUCCAAAUUGACAAAGUUGUAAGUGAAGGAGUAUACAGUGGACUCGUCAGCCUCAACCAUGACAGCAAUAAAGAUGGGACUUCCCGAACACUUGAAAUUGAGAUCACCUGGUCCAACAGGGAAUCUGAUGGAACUUUGUGAAUGAAUUUAUAAGACACCAUGCAGGUGAGUGCAGUGAAAUCAACCCCGGGAAAGCUAUGCAGCCAAAUAAAAAGUAAUAGUAAUGAAUAAUUCCAUCCCAAUGGGGUGUUGGAGUUUGAUUUGCUUGUGAUAUCCUCUGAAAGUUCAGUUUUGUAGAUUUGUGAGAAUAUAUAUAUAUAUAUAUGCUUUCUAAGUCAAAUGUGAAGAGGGUUUUCAAGUCAUAGCUGUCUAGAAGUAAAUUGUACAUAUCAGUCAGUAGGUUGUGCUAGUUAUUUUAAACUCGUUAGAGAAAGUGUAUUGUUAAGAGGAUGGCUAGGACUGAGCUUUUUUGCGCCAAGUGCACUGGCUCUAAUGGAGGUACAUGGGCUGCACUUGUGCUCUUCUAUUGUUUUGCCUCAAUGAAGUUACCAUCCAGGACUUGCCUGUUUUCAAA